UUCAGUCAACGAGCAUGUUUUAUUGCGCAUUUACAUGGCAGCAGCGAGCAUUCAGCCGUGCCAACGAAAGCACGUCAAGCACGAGGAGCUGGCAAAACUGCUCACAAGACGUUCACUUCCAGAGAAGCGACCGCGUUUCUUGCAGACCAAGCCUCAUGCACUCACAUCCUGCCCAGUGCCCAUCCACGCGAUCGGGGACGCAAGUGGCGAGAAGCCCCUGCUGGGAGGUUUCAG